CCCCGCGGCCCUUCCCUCGGACACCGGCGGCGGGGCUGGCCCAGCAGCCCGGGCAAGCGGAGAAGCUGGCCGGCACAAUGGGAAAAAAGCAGAACAAGAAAAAGGUGGAAGAGGUGCUGGAGGAGGAGGAGGAGGAGUACGUGGUGGAGAAGGUUCUGGACCGGCGCGUGGUCAAGGGCAAGGUGGAAUAUCUGCUCAAGUGGAAGGGAUUCUCCGACGAGGACAACACCUGGGAGCCCGAGGAGAACCUGGACUGCCCGGAUCUGAUCGCGGAAUUCCUGCAAUCCCAGAAAACCGCCCACGAGAGCGAGAAAUCCGAGGGCAGCAAGCGCAAGGCCGAGUCGGACACGGAGGACAAAGGGGAGGAGAGCAAGCCAAAGAAAAAGAAGGAAGAGUCGGAGAAACCGCGAGGCUUCGCCCGAGGCUUCGAGCCGGAGCGAAUCAUCGGAGCCACGGAUUCCAGCGGGGAGCUGAUGUUCCUGAUGAAGUGGAAGAACUCGGACGAGGCCGACCUGGUGCCGGCCAAGGAGGCCAACAUCAAGUGUCCGCAGGUGGUGAUCUCGUUCUACGAGGAGCGCCUGACGUGGCACUCGUACCCCUCGGAGGACGAUGACAAGAAGGAGGACAAGAACUAAUCCCGGCGGCCUUCCGGGUGUUGGUUUUUUUUUUUUUGGGAAGACGAUCCGAACUUUUUUGUGGGGUUGUGAGCAAAGGAGGGGGUUUGGAGGUGCCCUUGGAAGAGCCCCCCCAGCCCCAGCCCGGUUUCUGUGCUCCUCUGCUCCCUGCCGUGUCCAGAUUCCAAGCAGAAUCCCAUGGAAUUCCCGAUUCCCAGCAGAAUCCCAUGGAAUUCCCGAUUCCCAGCAGAACCCCGUGGAAUUGCAGAUUCCAUCGGGGA